GUUUAAAUAAUCAUGGAAGCCUCCUUCUUACGCGAUAUGAGCGAACAGGCGGAAUGGCCGACCUAGAAGAAGCUAUUAAAGUUAUUAGGCAUGGAGUCGAAUCAAUACCACAUAACAAUCCCAGCCGUGCAUUAUGGUUAAGCAACCUCGGAUACAGCCUUCAAUGCCGGUAUAAGCAAAAAGGCGAAUUGAUCGAUUUAAAGGAAGCCAUUGAAGCUGCCAGGGAGGCACUCGAGUUAACGCCGGAUGAUAAUAUUUUGGACCGGGCAGGAAUAUUAAGCAACCUGGGAAACGGCCUUCACGCCCAAUAUAAACACAUACGUGAAAUGACCGGCCUAGAGGAAGCCAUCAAAGUUUUCCGAGAGGCGGUUGGAAUAACGCCAUAUGACCAUCCUUACCGGGCAACCUGCUUAAAUAAUCUUGGUGGCGUCCUUCAGACGCGAUAUAGGCAGACAAACGAGAUGACCGACCUCGAGGCUGCUUCUACAUGCCUCAUGGAGGCCUGGCAUUCUGAAACCGCUAUUCCCUUCCAUCGAAUUCGUGCUGCUUCUGCGUGCCUUCACAUGCUCGGCCAACAAUCAAAAUUUAACACUGCAAUAGAAAUAGGACAAGCUGUUCUUAACUUUCUUCCUACUGUCAAUACCAAGCUACUUGAUCGUGGAGACCAGCAGUUCGUCCUAUCGACUUUUGCUGGCGUUGCUGCUAAUGUAUGUGCCUUUCUCCUCGCAUUACAUCGGCCUACCGAUGCCCUCGAAUACCUCGAGAAAGGUCGGGCCGUCAUCAUUGGCCAGCUCGCCGAUGGCCGAAGUGACCUUUCGUCCUUGCAGAUUACCCAUUUCGAUAUCGCUCGCCGGUAUAUGCAGCUCCGAGACACAGUUAACACACCGGUCAGCCAGCUCGGGCAGGAUAUAGAACAGGCGCAGGUACCGGUAGCCGUACGGCGACGACAAGCCUUGGCCGAGCUCGAUUCAUGCAUACGGGAAAUUAGAUGUAUCGCAGGCCAUGAGCGUUUCUUGCUUGGUCAAACGGCGGCCGAGAUGCAAGAGUGUGCCGUAGGGGGCACGAUUGUCAUCGUUAAUAUCACCCACUUUCAUAGCGACGCGAUUCUGAUCUCAGAAGCAUCCGUAAAAACUCUCAACCUGCCGCGGCUGCUCGCGUCGGAUGCUAAAGCCUGGCUAAGCGAGAACUGGAGGGGGGCCGGAGUGAGCAGGUCAGAAAAGCCGCAAAAGAACAAGAAGUACCUUGAGUAUCUAGCUUGGCUGUGGAACGUGUGUGUCAAGACUAUUAUUGAUGAAGUGUACGACGCAUGGAAUGUGGUAGAUAGCCUGCCGCGGAUAUGGUGGAUUGGAACGGGGCUGGGCAGCUCGAUGCCGUUCCACGUUGCCGGAAUACACUCUUCGAAUUCGACGGAGAAUACAUUUAGUAAAGCUAUCUCAUCGUAUACCCCUUCCAUCAAGACGCUUGGAUAUGCUCAGCAUAGAGCCCGAACCACGGAUAGCGCACGAGGCUCGCUUCUAAUUGCCACUAUGCCGACUACACCGUCCCAAGCCCCGCACCUGCGCGCUUCCAAUGACCUCCCUGGUGUCGUGGAAGAGAAGGAGGCGGUCUUGAACUUGACCAAAGAGCACAUACCAAUAGAAUUGUUGGAUCUACCAAGUGUAGAACAGGUGGUCGAUAAAUUGCCAGAAUGCACCAUCGCCCAUUUCGCCUGCCACGGUUCAACAGACCAUGUAGAUCCAUCACAGAGUGGACUGAUCUUACAAAAGGGAGGGACAGGUCAGGAAACAGAACAAGACUGGCUGACGGUACGAAGAAUCUCAGAGCUAAACUUGACCCAUGCCCACAUAGCGUAUCUAUCAGCUUGUUCAACAGCAGAGAACAAGGCGGAGCAGCUGGCGGACGAGGCGAUCCAUGUGGUAAGCGGGUUCCAGGUAGCUGGCUUUCCGCACGUUAUAGGGUGUCUCUGGCCAUCGGUCGAUAGGGUUUGUGUGGAGGUUGCAAAACGAUUCUACCGGUCGUUAUUUCAACAAAGGGCAGCAGGGUGGGAGGGGCGAGAGGUGGCAUCUGCAUUACGUGAAGCAGUUAUGGCGGCGCGGGAGGCGGAUAUGAAGAUGCCGCUGGAAUGGGCGCAGUUUGUGCAUUUUGGGGCGUAGAUACGAUCUCAACAAUAGCAUAUGUUAUCUCAAUGGCUUAGACCGUACUUUUCGAGAUUUCAUGCGAUAAGUACUUGUCUAAGGCACGGACGUCGAUUUUAAAGCUACUAUGGCAUAAGUCAAAAGUUGUAAUGUACACUCUUCCAUAAUUUUACAAAAGAUCAUUGUAAAACGGAGCUGAAAGGUGUUGGAGGUAGAGAAUUGUUUGAUUUGAUUCUGAGCAUCUAUAGAAUCGUAUUGUAGCCCCUUUUUGUAAAGUUAUUAAA